ACCUGAACACCCUAAAAGCAGGGGAAUUGAAGCAUUAAGGGGAAUCACUCAUUUAAUGAAUUUUUAACCAAGAACUUCCUGUGACUUUAACCUCUUGGAUUGUUAGUUCCACUGAUACUCCUGCCGUUUUAUAGCCGUUUCCUCAUCAGUAAAAAAGUUUGCCAAGAAAAUUGUCCAAAUAAGUACAGAUUUGUCUUCUAUUGUUGUCGUCUAUUGUUUUGUUAGAAGUACAAUGACUUAUCCAUUGUGACCAAUCACAAUGCCUUAUGACAGUCACGCAACGACCGAUUCACUUGGAUGUUAUUUGUCAAGGCAUGAUUCCAACUGACAUAACAUUGUCCUUCUGAUUAAACAGUGUGAAAACGUAAAGAAUAAUUCAUUGGAAAUGGCGCUUUCACCUUCAGAUAUCUUUAUUGAGAUAUACAAUUGCAUUAAAGACUUGAUAAAGUCUGGUGAAACACCAAUCAAGAGUCUUGUCGUCUCCAUUCUCGUGUACGCUGUCAAGGAAUUCUUCAAAGAAAACAUCUUCAACUGCCCUCUCCAACAUUACUGCGUAUAUGGUAAUUUGUUCCUAUUUGGCCCAGCUGUGGUGCUAUUUUGCAUUUCCCUGCUCGUAUCAGAAUCACUGUGGCAUUUAACUACUGGAGUUUUGUGCUGUCGUAGAGUAAUUUGGUGGAAGUCACGCAAGAGUGUGUACGUCGCUACCUUGCCCCCAUUAAUUUGGCUCAUUCUGGUUUUCGCAGAUGCCCAUUACUACAUUUGCGCUAAGAUAGGUCCUGUUAAAAUAGCUAAAGCAGCGGUUAACACUACGGCUGAAAAGGAGGCCCUGGACUUGAAAAUUUCCAACGCCCGCACGGAGUCCCAGAUUAUAGCAUGGGGGCUGUUGAUAUCUGUAGUUGUCAUUGCCACCAUUGUCCUGACAAUAGAUCGAUGCAUAUCAAAACCCGGAUCAAAGCUUAUCAGAAAGAGCGAAUUUGAAGAGCUGGAAGCUGACUACGCCGUGGAUGAGUUUAAUAAAAGAAUCAAGCCCUUGGCUGAAACGAAAGCGAAAGAAGUUAUUCAAGAUUUCUUUGAAGAAUGCAAAGAUAUGGAUCCCAAGGAGAUAGUGAUAUAUGGAGAGAAGUACCUGGCAGGGAAGUUUCCCAGCAAUGAGGGUGUCAAAGGUCUCGCGCACUGUACCCCAGCCACGCCCAAAGAAAACAUUUCGAAGAUUAAAGCGGGGCUGUUUGCAAGUCGCCCUAAAAAUAAUGAAGACGUCGGGGUGAAGUUAACAGAAAGUGGCCCGCAUCAGCACUAUACUUCGAUCAACUAAAAUAUUCCUUUUUAACCUUCAUACAACAUUUGUUGGAUGAAUCAAAAUCUAUAAUGAGUAGACAAUGAUCAAACUUUUCCAAGUAAUAGUGUUAAAAGUUUUCUCUUCACAAGGAACMAGAGCAAGAGCGUUAUCAAAUUUGAUAAUAUUCAGGACUGAGGAAAUGACGCUGAAUUUACACCGAGAAACUAGACUUUAGAGUGCGUUUCUAUCUAUUUUUCUGAUGAUGAUGAUUAUGAUGAUGAUGAUGGUGAUGAUAAUGUUAUGAUGAUGCGCAAGUAGUGACUGAUGAUAAUGUAAUCAGUAAAAUUAGAUCUUAUUACAUAAACAAAAAAAUAGGCAGUYGAGGASUGCAUGUGACUCAGGCCAUUAAGAGAUUUAGGAACUUCGAAUACAUGCCUAUAAAUGCACACAACCAACAGGUGGCGAUUCCCAGGGRCMAAGGAACCUAUUGUGGUGGUUGAUCAUUCCUCUCGUGGAGCCUGACGCGGGGUGCCCUAGCUGUUUCCCUGCCUAUAGUAAACACAUCCAUCUGAAAGAUUAGGAAAAGGAAUUUUUAUCCGCGACAUGGAGCGGUCCUUAGAGCUUUAAUUUAACUGUAGUCAAAGACAUCUUUCUGUCRAAGACAUCUUUCUGUAUCUGUUAACCUAUAAACUCAUGAUAAAUUCUCGAAMGUUUUCUUCGAUAAAUGWUUUUAUUAUCGAAACUGUAUUUUUGCUAUCAUUCGCCURAUUAUAGUUUUGCAAUAAAACGGAAAGCUUGCUAAGUUUUCCUUGAU